UGACGCAAACUGUGUGUGGUUUUGCUGUCAAUCCUGUAAGCAAUCAAAGCAAGAUUUAGCCAAAGUUUACUUGGAUACCUUCUUUACGGUUUUUAGCUCCCUUGCUCAAACAGAAGAACAAAUCGUAAGGAAUUAAGAACAGCGGAAGUGUGUUAUUAUCUAUCCAUAUGUUAACACAGUUGUACCUCUAAAAGGGCGAAGCGCUUUAGCUUAGCUAGCUAGCACUAGGCUACCAUGUAAAGAGACAAACAGGGGGUUGUGAACUGGAGCAAUGUGACGAUUAACCAGACCAGGAAAACACGACUUAAAUGACUUAUUCUCUGGUCAUGCGACCGCUACGUAUACACGACAGCUGCUUGGAAAUAGCUGAUAUCUACAGAAAGCCCGAGCUGGUCACUCAUCCUCCGUCCUGGGAGCCUUAAAAGAGACCAAACACAGCAGCAGUGUAGCCAUAUUAGCUGCAUGAUGGAGUGAUGCAAACAUUAGCUGGCAGGCAUGGAGGGGGUCGAGCGAGAAGCUUCUGUGGAGAAGAGUGGCAGUCUGGCAGAGCUGACUGUCGUGCAGAGUGUAGCUUUGGAUGGCCUUAAUGAAGAUGAAAGGUCAUUGCAGUCUGACCUCACUUAUCCUCAAAUCACGGAGGACACAACCUGGUUAAUGGUUCAGGAAGGAGAAUCGACCUCCUCUGAGCUGCAGGAGAUCGGCUCUGUAUCGGGAGAGGAAGGGGAAACUAAAGAGGCUGUGGACAAUCGAUGUGUUGAGGAUGGAGAGGAAGCUAAAAAGGAUGAACUACAGAACAACAACAGUGCUCCUGUAACAACAAGCACAUGUCCAGAGCCGCUGCAGAGCUCCACUCUCUCGUUGUCUGAUCAUUUAAAGUUGGGCCGGGAUGACUCUGAAGGUACGGGAAUAAAUGUGGAGUGCAAGAUAUGUGGGGACAAAGCUUCAGGGUUCCACUAUGGUGUACAUGCCUGCGAGGGCUGCAAGGGUUUUUUUAGACGCACCAUUCGUAUGAAACUAGAGUAUGAGCGGUGUGAACGGACCUGUCGGAUCCAAAAGAAAAGUCGCAAUAAAUGCCAGUACUGCCGAUUCCAAAAGUGUCUGGCCCUCGGCAUGUCCCAUGAUGCUAUUCGAUAUGGCCGUAUGCCAGAGGCAGAGAAGAAGAAGCUGGUGGCAGGACUGCUAGCAGGAGAGAAGAGUCUGCUGAGCCCUGGAGGCUCUGAUCUCAAAACUUUGGCAAAGCAUGUCAACACUGCCUACCUGAAAAACGUCAUUAUGACCAAGAAGAAAGCACGAAGCAUUCUCACUGGAAAAACCAACUGUACCCCGCCCUUUGUGAUUCAUGAUAUGGACUCAUUGUGGCAAGCAGAGAAUGGUUUAGUAUGGAACCAGCUCAAUGGUUCCCCCCCAAACAAAGAAAUUGGAGUGCAUGUCUUCUACCGCUGCCAGUGCACUACAGUGGAAACUGUUCGAGAGCUAACAGAGUUUGCCAAAAAUAUCCCUGGUUUUGUAGAACUCUUCCUCAAUGAUCAGGUAACUUUGUUAAAAUAUGGCGUCCAUGAGGCCAUUUUUGCAAUGCUACCGUCACUCAUGAAUAAAGACGGUCUCCUGGUAGCCAAUGGAAAGGGCUUUGUGACGAGAGAGUUUCUGCGUAGUCUGCGCAAACCCUUCAGUGAAAUUAUGGAACCCAAGUUUGAAUUUGCUGUGAAGUUCAAUGCCCUGGAGCUGGACGAUAGUGACCUGGCCCUGUUUGUUGCAUCCAUUAUACUGUGUGGAGACCGCCCCGGACUCAUGAAUGUGAAGCAGGUUGAGCAGAUUCAGGACAGCAUCCUCCAAGCUCUGGACCAGCACCUCCAGACUCAGCAUCCUGAGUCAGUCCACCUCUUUCCCAAACUGCUACAAAAAAUGGCUGACCUGAGGCAAUUGGUCACAGAGAACGCUCAAUUGGUCCAGAUGAUUAAGAAGACUGAAUCCGAGACAUCACUCCAUCCGCUUCUACAAGAAAUCUAUAAAGACAUGUAUUAAGUCUUAUGCCCUAGGACUUUAAAACUGAAUUAAGAGACAUGGUGCACACAGGCGUCCAUGGUGCUGCAGAUACCAAGGAAUUUUAUAUUGCAAUUAUAGAGUUUUAAAAAUGCUUUGUUUAAAAACUGACUUAUUUUCCCAUUGGGGCGGGGCUUUUUCCAAAAGAUAUUUGUGAAGGUCAACCUGUUUUUAUUGAUAAACACAUUAAUCUCACUCAGAAUAUAACAGUAUUUUGAUAAGAUUUGUGUGUUAUAUAGACAUACUUUUUCUAUUUGUGCCCAAUUAACUAGACUUUAAUUGAAAAUAAUUUUUACUAAGUAUUAGUUAAGUAUAUUAUUUUACAUAUUUCGAAGCUGCUGUGCAUGUUCGAAUCCCUGGUAAUGCUGUAGCCUCUCAGAGGAGUAGGAGGGAUGGGUGGCAUUCUAGCACUCUUACAUUAUUCAUGGCGACAGAAACGAAUCAUGGGCAUCUGUGAGGUCAAGCAAACGUAAGGAGUGCGUACAACUGUUUCCUGGGAGUGUUACACCACCCCUACAGUGCAUGAGCAACUACGUUGGGCUGGCAUCAAGUGUCUCAGAGGAAACACGUGAUAUCCUCUGCCCUCAUUGGUGGGUGGUUGUAGUCUUGAUCGGAGAGUGCCUUAGUUGAUGGGUAGGAAUUGGCUACUAUUAUGGGAGAAAAUCUAAAGGCCAAAUAAAGGCCAGAAGUAUCCAACGCAUUAGGAAGUACUUAGAAAGAUAAGGAAAUUAUUUCACUUUACUCAGGUGUUGAGUAACUGCCUGACUUUUUUUUGUUCUACAGUUACUUGCUUUACAUUUGUAAUAUAAAUGAAAUAGCCAUGUUAAAUUUACAAUGACCUUGAAUUUUAAGUUAAUUCAAUAUGCACAUAGAACACAGUUUGAUGAGUUAUUUCAUUUGUCUGGCACUAUGAGGGGCAUUGGAGUCAAACCGGGACUUUUAAUUGUGCAGAAUAACAGAACACUAUGAGAGUAAAAACUAGCUUUAUUUCUCUACAAAAAUUCACAUCCGUUUUACUGGUGGUUGGCCGCCUUCUUUAUGUCUUAAACGCUGGCCUCCCAGAAACUCCUUAAGUGGUCCAAACAUUUGGAAACUGCUUGGAGUGAGUUCAGGACUGCGAGAUGAGGCAAUAACUUGCAGCCAAGUUAUUGUAAUAAACAACUGGUUGUCGUGAUUGUGUGUACAGUGAUGUCAUGAUUGGGUGUACAAUUCCCCAGACAGAACCGUCUAUUCCACAAGUUACUAACUAGUCAUUGGUUGACUUUCAAGGAUCAAGCGCUCCACUCCCUUACAGCGUUUGCACCAUUCAAGUAUUUUACAUCAGCUAUGAAUCUCAUCACCAUACUGUGCUUGACGUCUUCUUUAAAUGUCAAUUGAUUCAUUCAUGAGAAAUUUCAUCCCGGUUUGACUUGUGUACCCCUCGUAUGUACUGUUUCACAUGUUUAUUGGAAAUUGUAUAACUGUCUUGAUUCAUUUGGUUUCUUAAAGGUAUAGGUUGUACUUUGAAACUAAAUAUUGAUUGUUCCCCUAUUAGUAGUGCAAAGAUUUUCACAAUGCAGUUUCAGAUUUACUGUUUAGAAAGACCUAGUACACCAAGUGAUUUUUAUAAUGGCAGCAUAUCUAAAAAUCAAUAAUUAGUUUUUGGUCCCAUUUAGAACAACACGAUGCAGAUGAUGGACAAAUACAAAGCAGACAAUUCUCAAUUAUAUAUAUUUUUUAAGAGAGUUAAUAGCAUAAGUCAUGUUUGUUUAUUCAUUUAUCUAGUUACCCUAACAUACACAUAUGAUUUAGUCUUUUAACAAAUCCUAAUCAUGUCAUGAGUUUUAUGUAUCGGCCCAAACAUAGUAUUUCUAAAAAUUAUUUAGAACCUUUAGAUAUUAACCCUAUUAAUAUGAAACUUGGUUGUACAUUACAACUGAUUUCAUGUCUAUAAGAUAUUCCAUCUUUUUCCCUGAAUUUAACCAUGUCCUUUUUGUUGGCAUUUGAAUUUUUGUCUUUAAAUGUGUUAAAAUGAUUUACACUUGCUGCUGUAAAAACUGAAGAGCACAAUAUAAAUGACCUGUAUGAACAA